AUGUCGACCAUCGCCGCAACCAGCUCGGCCCCUUCGUCGACACAGCCACCCAGUAACAACGAUGGUGGCAGUGGCGGUCCUACCAGCUCACCUUUACUGUUCUUUGUCGCCCUCGGUUUUGGUGUAGUAUUCACAAAUCUAUGGAUCAUCGUCGGCGUUAAGUACUGCUUCCGAUACAAUCGUCGUCGCGCCGCCCAGGCCGCUGCAGAUGGGGAGCCUAUUGAUAUGACCAACAUGCCCCGACCACAUCGAAGGAGGAGGGAGAAGAAGCUCAUGACCAUGGACGAGGUCAAUGACCGUUUCCCACUGACAAAGUACAAGCAAUGGAAAUCGAGUCGCGAAACAGAGGGUCUGCCAGCCAACGGGGGUAUUGCAACCGCGCCGCAGAGCAGGGCAGGAAGCAUCAAAGAUGUCGAGGGCGCCAUGAGUUCGCAAGACCAAGGCCCAGCACCUAGGACCGAUACCACUCUCUCCAUGGCUCGCGACGAUCUCACUGCACCGACCACUACUUCCGAGCAGAAAGCUUCACCAAGGGCCAGUGUGGAGAGCAAUCCACUAAAGGGCGAGCAAGUAAAACACGUGGAAAAGCAGUUGGAGGAGGCAAAGGCAGAGAAGGCGGUUGCUGGAAAGACUGAGGAUGGUAGUAGCACUCCACAAGGAAACGUCCAGGAACGCGAAGACGACUCGGAUGAUGACGAGGACCCAAUACGAACCGCCACUGCACCGGAGAUGCUGGCCGAGCCAGGCGACACUUGCGCCAUUUGUCUCGACACCUUGGAGGAUGAUGACGACGUUCGGGGAUUGACAUGCGGUCACGCCUUCCACGCCAGCUGUGUAGAUCCAUGGUUAACAGGUCGUCGCGCUUGCUGUCCCCUCUGCAAGGCCGAUUACUACGUCCCGAAACCCCGUCCUGAAGGAGAGAUUGACCCAGCCACCGGCCGCCGUUCAACAGCCGGUCUCGGCUCACCACAAGCCGUCUGGACGACGACCAACCCAUUUGCUCGGUCUCGCGUUCUCGUCAUCAACGCCGACUACCAGCAACGGCAAGGCGCCGACCGGUUUGGCCGAGUAAACCGCCCCGGCCGACGCCAGCCUGGCGCUACCCCUAACUGGCGAGCUAGACUAACAGGUAGUCGGACGGCGAACCCGACCACCACCAACAACAACCCGACUGGCAGUCAAAUGACGACCAACAGCCAAACUGGCGUCUCCACCUUCUCGACCUGGUUCGGCCGUGGUCGUGGUACUACUGCCCCUGCACAACAACAACCCACUCCCGGUCAACUCGAAGCCGCUACUCGGUAG